AUGGACACCUCAGAUACUGGAGACUCGGACACUACUGGACCCCGACCCAUGGAGUCAGACGAGAUUAUGUCAUCAGAGCACGAGGUGCAUACCUCGGAUUAUACUAGUACAGACGACGACGACUUUCAGCCGUUCGCACUACCUGACGGCGUUGAUGAGCCCAUCGUUGGUGGUCCUGCUGCGGAUCUUCCUCUCGCUCCUGUAGAGGACCCCGUUGACCCCGCCGACCCUUUUGAUCCUAUCGAUCCGGACUUUGACUUCGAUAUGGCGUUUGUCGAUCCCGAGCCUGCAGUAGCUCCAGAGCAGGCCGCUGCUUUCGAUCCCGCACAUGAGCAUGGUUUGGCGCAUGCUGAUGUUCCUGUUGAUCCUAUUUUGGCGGGUCAGCCACUUGGCGAUUUUCCUGUUGAUGAUAUUCCCUUGUUAGAUGCUGACCAUGUUGUUGAUCCUCUUGUUGACCCUCCGAUCGCUGACGUCCCAGUUGACCCUCAUGUCGAUCAUAUUGAUCCUGUUGUUGCUCACAUUCCUUCAGUCAUACCUCCAGCAGGGCCUGGAGAGGGCUCUUCCGCCCAUCCAUUUGGCCAUGUACCGAUGCCAUUACCUGUCAUAUCUCCUGUUUCAGCAUCCACUUCAUCUUUUCCUGUUAUGCCUUUUGGCCCUGUCAGCGAGCCUUCCUUCUGGUCUUCGCUACCCGUUAUGCCACCCGUUGAUCCACCUCAUAUGGGGCAUACCCUAGAGGACCUAUUGAUACUCAUGGACACCUCAGAUACUGGAGACUCGGACACUACUGGACCCCGACCCAUGGAGUCAGACGAGAUUAUGUCAUCAGAGCACGAGGUGCAUACCUCGGAUUAUACUAGUACAGACGACGACGACUUUCAGCCGUUCGCACUACCUGACGGCGUUGAUGAGCCCAUCGUUGGUGGUCCUGCUGCGGAUCUUCCUCUCGCUCCUGUAGAGGACCCCGUUGACCCCGCCGACCCUUUUGAUCCUAUCGAUCCGGACUUUGACUUCGAUAUGGCGUUUGUCGAUCCCGAGCCUGCAGUAGCUCCAGAGCAGGCCGCUGCUUUCGAUCCCGCACAUGAGCAUGGUUUGGCGCAUGCUGAUGUUCCUGUUGAUCCUAUUUUGGCGGGUCAGCCACAUGGCGAUUUUCCUGCUGAUGAUAUUCCCUUGUUAGAUGCUGACCAUGUUGUUGAUCCUCUUGUUGACCCUCCGAUCGCUGACGUCCCAGUUGACCCUCAUGUCGAUCUUGUUGAUCAUGUUGAUGCCCACGUUGAUCCUGUUUUAGCUCCUGUUGAUCCCUUGCCUAUUGAGCCCGAGCAUGCUCUGUUUGCAGAGCACAUGGAUCCCUCUGACGAGGAGGCUCAGCACGCAUCUGAGACUUCCACUGUAUCAGAGGUAAAUGCGUUGUAG